AUGGGCCUCGCGUUCUCCAAACUGUUUGACCGACUGUGGGGAAAGAAAGAGAUGAGAAUUUUGAUGGUUGGUCUUGAUGCCGCCGGGAAGACCACUAUCUUGUACAAGCUCAAGCUCGGUGAAAUUGUCACCACAAUUCCCACCAUCGGAUUCAACGUCGAGACUGUCGAAUACAAGAACAUUCAGUUCACUGUGUGGGACGUCGGUGGGCAAGACAAGAUCCGUCCUCUUUGGAGGCAUUACUUCCAGAACACCCAGGGUAUCAUCUUCGUGGUCGACUCCAACGACAGAGAUCGUGUUGUUGAGGCCCGUGAGGAACUUCAGCGCAUGCUUAAUGAAGAUGAGCUGCGCGACGCCCUCCUCCUAGUCUUCGCCAACAAGCAGGAUCUUCCUAAUGCUAUGAACGCCGCCGAAAUCACCGACAAGCUUGGCCUCCACAGUCUUCGACAACGUGCCUGGUACAUCCAAUCCACCUGCGCUACUUCUGGUGAUGGUCUCUACGAAGGUCUCGAAUGGCUGAGCAACUCUCUCCGCAAGGCUGGCCACAACUAA